AAACUUUUUUUUUUAUUUAUUUCUUCCUAAAAAAUAAAAAAAUAAAAAAAAGAAAAGAAAAAUGCAGUCCCACCAUGAAGAAGAAGCCGGGGAAGCAAAUUCCCUUAUUUCACAGAUUCUGAAUUAUCUUCAAACCUGCUUCUUUGCAACUGCACACCAUCUAUCACCCCAUGAGCCGAAUCAUAAACUAGCUAUGCUACUUACAUCAUAGGCUUGCUUCUGAUUUGGCGACGAGAAAAGAAAUAUUCCGGUACUCCAUUUGACUUCAUUUCACAAGCUGUUGAUCGAAUUAUUCAAAAAAUACAUAUGUGUCUGUGUAUGUAUAAGAUUUGCUGAAGGAGUGAGAGUUCAUUUUCCGGUAAAACAAAUGGGCUUUUCGAUGGUGAAGUGUGUCAUUCUAGUGACUCUACUCUUGGCCUUAAACUUCACACAACUUGCAGGACUACAAAUCUUGUCAGGAGGCCCUGAAUUAGGGCGGUUUUUAGCAGAAACAGGCAAUGUUUCGACAGAAAACAAACCUGUGGAUGAUACUGUAAGAGUAGACCCGUUAGACCAUUUGAAGAAGUACAGAGGAGGGUACAAUAUAACAAAUCCACAUUAUUUGGGCUCAACUGUGUUUACAGGCAUAUAUGGAUUUGCCCUUGCAGCAUUAUGGUUACUAUGUGGUCUGGGAUAUGGAGUAAUUCGUCUUGUAAUGAUUAUUUGCUGUAAGAGCCGCAAAAAGCACAAGAAGAGAGAAGAUAGUCAUAUGAAGUGUCUUCUUUUGGCUCUUGUCUUCACACUCCUUGCUAUAGCAGCGUGUGGGCUGGUCCUAGGAGGAGAUGCAAAGUUCCAUUCUAGAGCAAAGAUGAUCAUAAAGGUUAUUAUUGGUAGGGUGGGUGCGGCUUCAAACACGAUAUACAAAACAACUGGAGCGAUGAAAAACGUCAGCAGCAGUUUGAGUGAAGUCGGCACACUCACCGAAGCCACUGCCUUCCUGAACUCGACAUCGCUAAAGCUCGACGCUCAGGCUGCCGAUAUAGAAAGGCAAGCCUAUGGGAACAGGCAAUUGAUAGAGAAGGGCCUAAAGCGAGUGUAUACAGUAACAAUGACAAUUUUCUCAUUGACUUUAACUGCUGUGAUUGCUCUACUAGCCUUCGGGUUCCUAAAGUUUCGGAGAACUCUUCAAAUAUUAAUUGGGAUUUGCUGGAUUUUCACUAUUGUGUCCUGGGUGUUCUUCGGGAUUUUUUUUGUCAUACAAAACUUUGCGGGAGACACAUGCACAGCAUUAGAAGGCUUCCAAAAGGAUCCCUACAACAACAGUUUGAGUCACCUUCUGCCUUGUGAAAAGUUGCUUUCUGCAAAACCAGUCCUAACUAAUGUUAGCAUAGGAGUACAUGAGCUGGUGAACAAGGUGAAUACUGACAUAUCUAAUACAUUCGGAGAUAUUCUUCAGCUUUGCAAUCCUUUCGCUGACGCACCUAACUAUGAAUAUCAACCAUGGAAUUGUCCAGCCACCUCAAUCCGAAUAGGAGACAUUCCCCGGGUAUUGAGAUUGAUCGCUUGUCCUGAUUCCGAGAGUACAACCUGUGUGGGAGGAAUCAUGAUUCCUGGGCAGCAAUUCAAGAUGGUAGAAGCAUACUCUAGUUCUGUACAAAAGCUACUGGAUGCUUAUCCUGGUGUUGAAAGCCUAAUCAAGUGCCAGCCAAUUAUGGAUACUUUCUCUGAAAUCCUUCAAAAACACUGCACGCCGUUAAAAAGACACCUCCGAUUGAUCUGGGCAGCGCUGGUGUUCCUAUCGGUGGCCCUAAUGGCGUUGGUUACCGUUUGGACAGUUGGAGUGCACUACGAGCAAGAUAACAACGGCUCGAUAAUACCCGAUGAUGGCAAUAUGCUGGAAUGUGGAGUAAUUAAGCCCACGGAUGGUGUCCAAACCUAAACCUAACACAAACUAUAUAUAGUAACUAGAAAUUUAAAUCAUGAUAGCAAACUACAAACUACAUACUCAUCUUCUUCAGAAUCUCUAAUGAGAUUAAUAUGCAAAUAGGCAUGUCAUGAUGUACAAGUCACUGGACAAGAGAGAUCAAAAAUAUAUACCCAAGUAUAGGAACAAAAUUCCAGCUUUUUCCUAUUCUAUGUGAGGAUUAUUACAACAUGUUGGACUUGGCAAGCAUAUUGAA